UUUUGUGACUCUUCAUCUUUUGCUAUCAUCAUGUCCGGACGCGGCAAGCAGGGCGGCAAGGCGCGCGCCAAGGCCAAGACGCGCUCGUCGCGGGCCGGCCUGCAAUUCCCCGUGGGCCGCGUGCACCGCCUGCUGCGCAAGGGCAACUACUCCGAGCGGGUGGGCGCCGGCGCGCCGGUGUACCUGGCCGCGGUGCUGGAGUACCUGACGGCCGAGAUCCUGGAGCUGGCGGGCAACGCGGCGCGCGACAACAAGAAGACGCGCAUCAUCCCGCGCCACCUGCAGCUGGCCAUCCGCAACGACGAGGAGCUCAACAAGCUGCUGGGCAAGGUGACGAUCGCGCAGGGCGGCGUCCUGCCCAACAUCCAGGCCGUGCUGCUGCCCAAGAAGACCGAGAGCCACCACAAGGCCAAGGGCAAGUAAGACUGAGAACUUCAAACUUCUGGAAAUCAACGGCUCUUUUCAGAGCCACCCACUUUUAUCUCGAAAG